AAUCAGUUGUAUUUUGAAAACGUUACAGUAAAUACGCACAUUUCUUAAAAAGCGGGGUGUUUAUUUUGGAAUUUGGGAGACAAGAAAUCUGGAAUACAACAAAAUGAGAGUUUUAAUAUUAACAAUUUGUGUGGCAAUUAUACAAAUUCAAGCUGUUCAGAUGGCGGCAAUUGAAUCAGAAGAUGGAGAAACUUCUUUACACUUUGAUUACAAAACUGAAAAUGGCCAACAACGUGUAGAAGAUGUAAAAUAUGACAAUAAAAAGCCCUUGUCAAAGUCUUCAGCUGAUAGCAAGCAAUCCGAUGAUGUUACCAUGAAACCGGUGGAAUUCAAGGGUGGUUAUAGUUUUAUAUCGGCCGAUGGUUAUGAAUACACCGUUAAAUACAAGGCCAAUAAAAAUGGUUUCCAACCUUAUGUUACGGCCCAUAAAUUAAAGAAUCCCCCUGCAGCGACCACUUCAUAAAUUCUUUAUCCAUUACACACCGGUAUUAGUUUUUAAGUUUUUUUUUUUUGCUGGUUUUUAGUUGUAAAAAGACAUCAAAUAAAAAUUGUGAUAAAUAUUAAAAGAAAAUGAAAUAUAAACAUGAAAAAACAUACAA